GUUGUUGAACUAGUGAGCAAAAUGGCGAUCCCCAGCAGCAGUACAAAAACGUGUCUACUCUAGCAGUUGCGAAGGACAACGUUUUGUAAAUUUCAAAUAACGAAAAGUUUUUAAUGAGUAAAUCUUUGGAAAGUGGGAAAAUAGAUAAAAGGAAAUCUAAAUCAGGGAAGAAUUCUUCCGGCCCAGUUAUGGCUCCCGCUAUUUUGGUAAAUGGUAAAACGGAAAACAAAAACUCAAAACUAUCUACCAAACAAAAUAUGAAGAAAAUGGAUCCUAAAAGUCCAGAACCGGAAGAAAAAAGAGGGCCCAUCGACAUUGCAGCUUUAAAGUUGCAACUCUCCUCUGAAGACCUUUUCAUUUCUAGCUUAUUGACCAAUAUUCCAACUCAGGGUGUUUCUACAGUACAAGAUGUUGAAGGUGACGAGAUCAGUGUUGACAACAGUUCUACAAAGAAAGUUGAUGUGGGAAAUCGUGCAUGCAAUCCAGAAGAAUUAAAGGAACGCCUUGCAGCCAAACUCUCACAAUUCACAGGAAAAAAAAUGGAUUUUUCUGACAAAAAAAUGAAAACCAAACUCAAGAGAAAGUUAGAUAAAAUUGAGAAGAAAAAACUGAAAAGGAAAAAUAACAAAAUGAGAUCCAAAAUAGCUAAACUGGCACAAGCUACUAAAGCAGCAACAGCAUCGUCAAAUUUUCCAUCUACAGAAACUGUCAAAACAGAAGUUCCUGAGCCAACAGUCACAAGUAGACCACCUAAGCCCAUUUUCAACAGCGAAGGUCGCAUGGUUUUCAGCAAAUUUGAUUUUGGUGAGCUGACUACUCCAUCACCUAUCCUGAAAAAAACCACCUUAGAUCCAAAAGCAGCAAUGAUUAAAAUUAAGAAAACCAAAGAAAAGGUUAAAUUCUUGGAGGCUAAAGGUGAUAUUGAAAAAGCAAGAAGUAUUGAAGAACAACAAGCAUGGGAAGGUGCUCUUCUAAGGGCUGAAGGUGUCAAGGUGAAAGACAAUGUGGAAUUGCUCGCUAAAUCUAUUAAGAAAAAGGAUAAAAUUAAAUUACAAAGUAAAAAGAAGUGGGGUGAACGCGUUGAAGCUCAGGAAAAGAAAAAGGAAGACGUACAGAAGAAAAGAAAUGCCAACAUCAAGAAGAAGAAGAACGAAAAGAAGGAACAUAAAUUGAAUAAACUAGCGAAGAAAGGCAAAUUUAUCGUAUGAAUGACCCGACACCGAUUCGUGGAUGAGCUGACCUAUGUCCUAUCGUGUGCAAGCCGUGUCGUGAUAGUUUUGUAUAAAAAUACACUGGCAUGCCUUCCAUGGUUGUGGACAAAAUUUUGAAAAGAUUGAUAAUUUUAUUAAAAAAGAUAACAAAAAAAAACAUGUUUUCAGUGACGUGUAUUCGGAAACUAGAAGUUAUAGAUUAUAGAGUGAUAGGGUAAUUUAAAAAAAAAGGUAAUAAGCUAGAAUACCGAUAGAGGCAAUGCCAGGAAAAACGAAUGUGAUUUGUUGGUUUCGCCCUAAUUACCCUUAGGAUACCAUGCCUUAAAGUAAAAAUUACAUCUAGGACUGUCACUCUAUGCACAACACAGUCUUAGAAAAGCGAACGCGUAGGUCGGACGGGCUAAUCAUAUGCACUCGGCAUGAAGAUGUUCGCAUACAAACUCGGCAUUGCAAUUUUAUUUGCACUUAUCGAGUUGGUGAGUAGUGCCCCCAGUCUUAACAAAAGUCCUAAAGGCUCUUCCGAUUUGGUGAUAGCUGCAAGUGAUGAUAUUUCGAGUGAAGAAAUUUCUGGAACUUCGAAUCACUUUUUGAACUCUACACACUUGGAUUCCCAAACAAACAGCAGCACAGUCAAAGCAGGGUCUAAUGCUUCAUCGACAACGAAACAGUCGGCAAUAAAGUCGAAAUCUUUCAACCUUAUGAUCACCAAUACGUCAUCAGUGUCGAAUUUUACUGACAAUGGUUCCCAAUCAGCAGCUCAUCUCAUUGAUUUAUUGUCAGAUUUUUUCUCUGGAAUCUUUGAUGUCUCUGAAAAAUCUACGAUUCAUCACACGUCCACAUCAUCUCCUACUACCACUUCUUCCAUUCGACAUCCUCAUGUUUUCCGGGAACAUAAUCGUCACUCGAGUGACGAUGAUGAUGAUGAUAGAAGAUCUUCUAUCAAUCCAUCUUUCCAUCAUUUUUUCUCACCUUCUCUUCGAGUAUUUUUACCAUUUGGCAGAUUUUUCAGAAACUUGUAAGAAAACGGUCCCAAACUUUGAUGUAGAUUUCUAAAUACUUUGUCAUUCUUAUUAAUCAGUAGUGGUUAUUUUGUUUUGAAUACUAACUGAAAAUCUUC